AUGCCACGUAAGCUACGUAAGAAUAUACGUAAGAGGAAGGGAGCAUUGAAACAUCCAAUAGUAAAACUGACACCACAACAACAGUUGCAACAACAAAUGAUGAAUGACCCCACUAUGUUGCAACAAAUGUCAAGCAACCCUAUGCUUUUAAACCGAGUUAUUGGUGCACAGAGUGGAGGUUUAAGAGCGGCACUUUUAGCGAAAAUGGCAGGCUAUGGUGGAGCUGCAGACGGAACAGCUUAUAACCCUCAAAGUCAAAUGAAUUUGAGUUCACUCAAAAAUCAAAUAACAGAUGUCAAAAAGUCAAACAUAGACAUACAGAAACAAAUAAGUGAAAACGAAAAGAAACUAGAAUAUGACAGACACACAAAGAAACUCAAUGAGUUAAACGUAGAGAAAAAGAAGAAAGAAGAACAACUGAAAGAACUAAGUACAGAGGAAUAUGCGAAAAAAGUGUCAGAAAAAGCAGCAGAAGUAGCAAAAAUGGAACAAGAUGUUAUAAAUUUGAAAAACCAUACUACUCAAUAUAAAGUACUGAAAGAUGAAGAGAUAAAACAAAAAGCCCUGAAGACAUAUAUGGAUAGCGAUGAGUAUAAAAAAGAAGUUGAAGCAAAUGUAAAGGCAGAAAAACUUUUACAGUUGCAAAACCAAACCGUACAGUAUGAAAACUUAGCACAAGAAAGUAAAAAUAACGACGCAGCCAUGCAAAAGGCAAUGAAAAGCGCAGAUAUUAUAAAAGCUAAUAAUGACUGGUUAGAUGCCCAAGCCAACGCUAAAGCAGCCCAACUUAUAGGGUCAAUAAGGACAAAAAUACAAGCGGAUGCAGACAGUUCAAAUGAAGCUUUAAUGAAUGCUGACUUUAAGAAUGCCUUCGAAGCUCUUCAUAGUAAGGUGAAACUAGUGAACGACUUCUCAUCUGGAAAGAAACUGAAGUCUGAAGGUUUCGACAAAGAGUUAAGAGAAGUAGCACAAAAUAUGACGAAAAUAACAGAUGCAGCAACGAGACAGGCAGUUCAAAGUGCCUAUGACGCCGUUAGAGCAACUGUUGUGGAAAGUCAAGAAAAAGAGUUACAACAGACCAAAACAGACCUAGUAAAUGCUUUCUUAAAAACGAAAAGUCAGGUAGGACAUUAUGCUGCAGAUGGAACAUAUGUGCCAGCUGGUGGAACUUAUAUACCACCAAACCCUCCAAGAGAAGCACCUGCACCAGGACUACCUAAAACAUUUACAUCGUCACAUGGACACAGACACAGGCAUGCACCACAACAACAACCAACAGUUCAAAAUCCAGCACCACAACAACAACCAACACAACAACCAACAGUUCAAAAUCCAGCACAGCAACCAACAGUUCAAAAUCCAGCACAGCAACCAACAGUUCAAAAUCCAGCACAGCAACCAACAGUUCAAAAUCCAGCACAGCAACCAACAGUUCAAAAUCCAGCACAACAACCAACAGUUCAAAAUCCAGCACAACAACCAACAGUUCAAAAUCCAGCACAACAACCACAAACAGAGCAAAGACAUAAAAGAAGUAGAGAAAAAGGAAACCAAGAAUUCUUAAAAAUGCUUAAGGAAGAUUAUGGUUACCCAGAUACUCUUGACUUUAGUGACAGAUAUAAAAAAGCUAUUAGAAAGUUCAAGGAAGGAAAUACUGACCCGAACCUAUUUAGCUUUAUGGUUCAGCAUCAAAUCGGAUAUAAUCUCAAACCUUGA